GCUGCUUCGUUGUGCCACCAUGGUAAGUUUGGAUCCCGCAUCCGCCACUGCUGGUCAAGUACAACUUAAGUGAAUGGCUUUGACUACAACUUAACUUCGCAGGCUCCGAGGUCCGAACCAUCAAAGAGAGAGCGCAUAACAGCGUCGAACCAGCCAUGAAUGACUCGGUGUAGUGGUGGAGACUUGGAAUGAGAGAAUUACUGCAAUUUGAUUCAGGAAGCCAGAUUUUGCAAGGGGGGUAUGAAUGUAAUUUCAACCUCGAAUGGACUUCUAUACCCCUAAACCCGUUUCAAUCACAUGCAACAAGCAGCUCAGCAGAAGGGGGGGUAUGAUGGUAAUUUCAGUGACAGUUACUGGAGAUUGGGGACCAGAAAACAGAAUCAAGAGAGGGGGGAGAGAGCACACACGUCUGGUAAUCAUUAUAAACCUCGCGCUCUCUGGUUACCCAAUGCACAGUUGCUCUCACUGAAUUGCUAUUCUGUUUCGCUCUCUCCGUGAACUUCCGAGAAUUUGUUUGUUCCUUGAUCGGAGAAACGUUUCCGAUUAGGAGCUCAUGGCGAUGGAAGGCUGCUCUCGCAAACAUGAUGAUGAUGCAGCUACGGUCCUCACUGAAAUGAAGUAUUUGAAAAAGAUGCAACAUAGCCCUGCGGACGCCGUCGAAAGCCCUGCUUUGGAGAGACAAGUACUGUACACAACUGCACCAAUUUCUACUCUAGUGGCAGAGGAAGCAGCAGAGCACAUAAAAGUGGGUUCGUUCUACGAAUUAAUUGAUCAGUCGAAGCUGCCUGAAAGCACCCCACAUCAACUCAAGUCAAUACGUGUUGUUAUGGUGAGAGAGAAGACUAGAAUGAGAGUAUCCAUCAGAUACCCAAGCAUAUCUUCACUCCGUGAACACAUCAGUGAAGGCAACGGUACGAAACCGCACGGGAAGAAGAUACCAAUGUUGGACGAGAAGUUUGUAAUAGGAGCAGAACUUGCUUCAGAAUUGCUUUACAGGAGGGUCCCACCGCUGGAAAUCGCUGAGCGGAGCAACUUUUGGGAUUUCUGGGCUGUGCCUCCAUUGGAAGAAACAGAGAAAAUCUCAAGCAUUAGCUUUAACGCUUGGCCCAGCAACGAGGAGUUAUCGCUGGGUUCUUGUUGGUCCGAACUUAAAUCCAUGGGGAUGGUCAAUUGGGGCAAGCGCCGGCAGGUCCGGUUCCUAUCUCGGCAUGUGGAGGGGAAGCAUGAGCAGAGUACAUUUGAAGCAGCACAGGAUAAAAGGGAAGGAAAAGAAAAAUCGUACGAAGAAGACGAUGAUGAAGACCAAGAACAGAGUGAGCAAGCCGAAUCCGAAGAAGAGGAUGAAGAUGAUGUGGAUGAAGAGCAAGAAGAAGAAGAUGAGGAGGGCGAGAAGCAUAGAAUUGCCAAAACAGAAAAAGCACAGACAGCCAAGAAGAACUUGAAGAGAAAGCGCCAAGAGUAUAUUUUUAGAGCCCAGAGGGCUAGAAGAGCAAAAACAGAGGGGAAAAAUAAGAUGGUGGUUUACAAGCAGUGGCAGAAGAAGAGUAAGAAAAAAGUGCUGAAAAACUCCAUUGAUAGAUGGUCUGUUGAAAGGUAUAAGUUGGCAGAGAAAAACAUGCUGAGGAUUAUGAAGGAAAAGAGAGCUUUUUUUGGAAAACCAAUGCUGAGGCCAGCACUACGAUCAGAGGCUCGAAAGCUGAUCGGAGAUACUGGUUUAUUAGACCAUUUGCUCAAGCACAUGUCAGGGAAGGUGGCCCCUGGCGGGCAGGAGAGGUUCAGGCGUCGACACAAUGCUGAUGGAGCAAUGGAGUACUGGUUGGAGAGUGCAGAUUUGGUUGAUAUAAGGAGAGAGGCUGGUGUACAGGACCCAUAUUGGAUUCCUCCACAUGGGUGGAAGCCCGGUGACAAUCCAACACAGGACCCUACCUGUGCAAGGGAGAUCAGAAAGCUCAAAGAAGAAAUGACCAUAGUGAAAAAGAGCAUGCGGGAUCUGGUAUCAAAGAAGAAAGAGGAAGAGGUACAAGCUGCUGUGGCCUACCCAGUCCGUUGUGUUACAGAUCGAGGUCUGGGAAGUGAUGGUUUAUUACUUCCCCUGAAGGAAACGUAUAUGGAUUUGGUGAAGAGGAAAACCAAGAUUGAAAAACAACUGAUGGCAAUUUCACAAACUUUGACUGGAAUAGAGGAAGAAAUGGGGAAGCUGCACUCAACAAUGGGAGAAACACAGGCACUGUUGGCAGCAACUUAGUUAAGGAAGAAAUGGGAAGCUGCACUCAACAAUAUGAGUUUCAUAGGCACUGUUGGCAGCUAACUUACUUGCAUCUCUGCUUGGCAUUUUUGGAAACUUAGUUCAAUACGUCCUGUCUUUGACAGUUCUUUGGGGCUCAGGGAUAACUGCCCCACUUUUUUGACAAGAAGAUAAAUAGGCAUUAUUAAUGUAACCAAGAACUUAUCACGGUCUUGUUUAUGGGGAAUAUAUACGAAUAUUGAUACAGAAAUAAUAAUUAAUCAAUCGUGAAGUA